CUUUCUCUCUUUGGGUCCCGAAUCGUCCAGGAUCGUGUGAUUGUGAGUGUAGGAGCGCGGAGGAGACACCUUUCGUAGCUACUCUCGAGCCAAUCGGCCUUGGAGUCUGCUUGUCCUUUCCCACAAGCGAGCAUCGGAACGGAUUUCUCUUUCCAGGCCCAGUGUUCUGGACUAGUCCGUUCCCGCCCACCGACCAAGCCGACUCUUACUAGAAUCGUUGGUGACCACUCCGGCACUCCGCGUACGCCCGGUUUCCGUGCGCCUGUAUCCCACAAAACAAUAACAUGUCGAAUGCGCAGCAACAGCAACAACAGUUACACCCACGACGGUCCAGCGCCGCGGUCGGUUCCCGCGGUGCAUCGCCGCGUCCCAAUGGUACGGAACCGCGUGAUGCCUCGCGAGUCUACAAGCGACUGAAUUGUCUGGAUUGUGGUUACCAUCCCGGGAAAGAACUACUCGAGUACGAUUACACGUACGAUGAGGGUCCCCACAACGCAACCGGGGAUCGGCUGAAACCGCAGCAGCCGUAUCCGAGAAUUCGGGAGCGGGGGGAAUACUAUAUUGAUAGCUACAACGAUCAACCAGCGGGUUGGACCUUUGGAACCAAUGAACAGCGACGGGUUAACGGAAUUUGGUUCAACUCGGGCGAUCAAGCCGGCUCGAUCAUGUCGUGUAUGGUGUGGGUACUCUUGACCUAUUCCGCCCUGACCGUCACUCUCUUGGCCAUUACGGGAGGCAUUCCGGUUAUACUCGGUAUGAUUUAUAAUCUGCUCGUUGCCAUGUCCUUGGCCUGCCACGCCAAGACUUCGCUGACGGACCCCGGCAGCGUCCCGAUCCAAGCCAUUCCUUCGGAACGGCAACGGCUCCUCAAAGACUCACACUCUAUGUGUGGACAGUGCCAAACCUUUAAACCCCCGCAUUCGCACCACUGUCGCAUUUGCAAUCGCUGCAUAUCCCGCAUGGACCAUCACUGUCCUUGGAUGAACAAUUGUGUCGGGGUCGGCAAUCUCAAACACUUCUUGCUCUUUUUGCUAUACACCUGGACCGCCGCCGCCUUUGCCCUCGCUCUGUUCGGUUGGAACUACUUCUUUUGCGCCGACGAAUUCUGCAUCUUUCAUCCCAUUGUGGUACACUUGGUCCGACUCAUGACCCUCCUCGCUGUCGGGGCCUUUCUCUUUACCUCCAGUAUGCUCAUGAACGUUUGUUACGGAAUCAUGACGGGGAUCGGGACUAUCGAUCGUCUCAAAAAGAAGGCCACCAAUACCAUGAGUCAGUCGGACGAAGAACCCAUUCCGCUCGUGGACGUUUUUGGCAUUGCUCCGUACUAUACCUGGUGUUUGCCGGUGGAUCCCAUCUUUGCCGAUCACGAUCGCGUAGUGGGCUACACCAUGCCGCAACGGCUGGACCGGGAACGACAAUUUUGCGAAGGUCAACGACCGAGCGUCCAUCACCCUCAUCCGGCCCUGGAAUUGCCCGCCUAUAUACAGGAGUGUCUACCGGUAUGA